AAUGUAAAUAAUAUUGUAGAAAAAUAUAAAUUUAAAAAUGAAGUAUUUUCUCCAGGAUGUUAGGUUGUCCGUUAUUCAGAUAUUAGGAACUAUCAACAAAAGAUUUAACUAUACCCUAUCCUGUUCCCUGAAGUUUGUUCAGCAGCUCAAACAUUUUGAACACCUAGUGUCCAUCUUCAGUCAAGCUACCGAGGUCUUGGUGCGUGAGUACGGGUUGACGGGUAUGGUGCUGGAGCUGGUGAGGGAGAUCUCUAGGGUGGACUCCAAGGAGCUCUCCAGGGAUACUUCAGGAACCAGAGCUUACUCCCAGUUCUUGGCUGAACUAGCAGAGCGUAUUCCCGAAUAUAUCCGACCCUGUGUUUCCCUGCUCACUGCCCAUCUUGACGGAGACUCAUAUUCUAUGCGUAAAUGCGUACUGGCGGUUCUAGGGGAAAUUGUUAUGAAGGUGCUGACCAAGGAGGAUAUGACCGACGCUGACCGUGAUGACCGUGACAGUUUCCUUGAAUGCCUGCAGGACCAUAUUCAUGAUGUGCAUGCCCAUGUCAGGUCCCACGCUCUCCAGAUCUGGGCUAAACUCUGCACUAACAAGUGUAUUCCUCUCACAAGGCAGCAUCAGAUACUGGAGCUUGCAGUCGGUAGAUUAAUGGACAAAUCUUCAAAUGUGCGAAAGGCCGCGGUUCAGCUUCUCAACACAUUACUUCAGAGCAAUCCCUUUGCCGCUAAACUACAGACAGAAGAUUUAGAGGAAAGAUUAGCGGAGGAGAAAACUAAACUAGCAGCCCUAGAACCAGAGACUGAGUUAGAGCCUGUGGAGCAGUGGAAUAUGCUCAAGGGAGAGGUUGAAGAAGGAAUGGGUAAACCUGUUAAGAAAUCAGAUUCAGCCUGCAAGGUUUGGGAAAGUGCCUGUGUAGGAGAAUUAAAUCACAGGAUUGCCGGGUUCCUGGAUAAGAAAGAGGGACACCGAGCACUUAAUCUACUCAAGGAGAGCAGAGAGAUGUUCCCUCAGGAGGAAUUGUAUAAACUUAGUGAUGAUGAGAGUAUGGAUGAGGAUGAAAACUCUGACAAGGAGGAGGAUGAUGAGGAUGAACGGAACAAGGAGAUGAUGAAGGAACUUCUUGUCUUGAAGAAGGUUUAUCUUGAGGCCAAGAAACCUAUUGAACCUUCACUGUCUCAGAGUCAGAACAAUAACCAGGAGGAGGUUUCUAAGCAGAAGAUGCUGGUUCAGUAUCUCACUGACUCUGUCAAGUUCAGCAAGAUUAUUCAGAAAAGUUUGCCGACAGUGGCGGUGCUGCUUGGUUCAAAACAGACUUCAGAUAUUCAGGAGGCGAUUGAGUUCUUCGUCAGUGCUUUCGAGUUCGGUAUGAUGAAUGCUAUGCUGGGAGUAAAGAAAAUGCUAACUCUAAUCUGGUCUAGAGAAUCAAGCAUUAAGGAUGCUGUAGUAGCUGCAUAUAAGCGUCUGUAUAUUAAUGUUGAUGCUACCAAUGCCAGAGCAGCCUCUGUAACUAUUGCAAGAAACCUGGUUGCCCUGGUCCGCCUGGCGACCCUGGGUGAGCUAGAGAGCUUGGAGAAGCUGAUUGCCGAGCUGGUCGAGUCCAAGGAUAUAGGGAAAGGAGUGUUCACGGUUCUCUGGGAGUUCUUCACCGGCGUCCUACCUGGCUCUACGAUAGAGGACGCACAUCCAGCAAUUAUGCUGAUUAGAAUGUGCGCCUGUAGUGAGGUCAAUAUUAUCUCAUCUAAUCUUCAGUUGAUUAUCGAACAUGGGCUUGGAGAGAAGGGAGAGAAUAAUUUCCAGCUAGCUCAUCAUAGGGAUGAUCCUGAUCCUCCGUUCAAGUUUAAGAGUGAUCAUUUGAUCUUCUCCAGGAUGGAGAAACUGUUAGUGGACGGGCUCUACAACAAGCUGGAUCCCCACUAUAUGCCCAUGGCCAAGUCUAUUAUCAAGUUGGUUUAUCAGCUGGGGGAGGGGCCGGAUACAUUUAUGGGCAAUGUUGUCAAACAGAUCUGUGGUAGAGUACAGAAGGAUAAACCUGAGCUAGGAGAACAAGUUGUUCCAGUUUAUGUUCUCAGUCGUCUUUGUUUCCUUGUUGGAGAAAUAUCAUUGAACCAUCUCAACUAUCUAGAUGUGAAUGUAUUCAAUGAACUCAAGCGUAGAAAUUAUCUCAGAGAAGAAAAGAUGGAGAAGGAUAAGAAAGCUAAGAAAGCUGCGGAGAAGAAGAACAAGAGAUUGUCUGUUGUUCGUUCAACUGCGCUCAGCACCCCUGCAGGAGCGAGUGUUGACGAUGAUGAGAGUUUAGUUGGAGCAGAGGCUGAUGAUGCAGAGGCGGAUUUCAUUCGAAAGGUUUGUCGAAUUUUGAGCUUUGGUUAUCAGAUUGAAAUCGUUUAUUUCUUGAAUUUUUGUUUUAUUUUUGUGAUAUCCAGGUGUAGUGCUAGCAUGGCUCUGUGUAAGUAUAUGCUGCUGAGUUCUGAGUUUGCGGAUCAGCAUUUACGUCUUAUAUUCACUAUGCUGGAGAAGGAUCCAGAACCCAUCAUAAGAGCCAACCUGAUCAUAGCCCUGGGAGAUCUAUCCAACAAGUUUCCAAAUAAUCUUGAACCCUGGACACCGAAGAUGUAUGCUCGACUACAUGAUGAUUCUAUCCAGGUUCGGAAGAAUACCCUGACCGUGUUGACCAGGUUGAUCUUGAACGACAUGAUCAAGGUGAAGGGACAGAUCAGCGACAUGGCCUUCUGUAUUGUCGACGAUAUCGACAAGAUAUCCGCCCUCGCCAAGAUUUUCUUUGCCGAGCUGGCUAAGAAAGGAAACACCCUGUACAACGUGAUGCCUGAUAUAGUAUCCCGUCUAUCUGACCCCGAGGUUGGUAUUGCGGAGGAGAACUUUAGAACUAUCAUGAGAUACAUCAUUGGGCUUAUUGAGAAGGAUAAACUUCUUGAGUCAUUGGUCGAGAAACUCUGCCACAGGUUUCGUGCUACACGAACGCGACGACAGUGGAGGGAUAUUGCCUUCUGUCUUUCUCUCUUCAACUACAGCGAGAGAGCAUUCAAGUAAUAUUUUUAACUUGCUUAAGUGCCAAGCAU